GCCGAUAAUAAAGCAGGAGGAGGGAGAUGGAUGGACGGGAGGGCGGGGCGCCGCGUGGUGCCAUAAAGCCCAGCCGGAGGGGGCCUGUCUCGGGAGUGUCCAGCCCCAGAAGCCGGGGACCGUCCGCGUCGCGUGCCUGGCCUGGGCAGUGGACAGAGGGCAGACGGCAGAGGGCCAGGGCUGGGGCAGAGGGCGAGGGCCCAGGAAGGCCAUGCUGCGGGGCGCGCCAGGAUUAGGCCUCAGGGCGCGGAAGGGGGCUGAGGGUUCUGAGGAGGACUUGGGGGGCCCCUGCCCCGAGCCCGGGGGGGAUUUGGGGGUGCUGGGGGCGAACGGCGCUUCCUGCAACCGGGGCGAGGCGGAGGAGCCGGCGGGCAGGAGGCGCGCGCGGCCAGUGCGUUCCAAGGCGCGGCGCAUGGCCGCCAACGUGCGGGAGCGCAAGCGCAUCCUGGACUACAACGAGGCUUUCAACGCGCUGCGCCGGGCGCUGCGGCACGACCUGGGCGGCAAGAGGCUCUCCAAGAUCGCCACGCUGCGCAGGGCCAUCCACCGCAUCGCCGCGCUCUCCCUGGUCCUGCGCGCCAGCCCCGCGCCCCGCGGGCCCUGCGGACACCUGGAGUGCCACGGCCCGGCCGCGCACGGGGACACAGGCGCCAGCCCCCCGCCGCAUGCAGGGCCCAGCCUCGCGCGCCCGGACGCCGCCCGCCCCUCGGUGCCGUCCGCGCUCCGCUGCGCCUCGUGCCCCCCGCACGCGCCCCUGGCACGGCCCAGUGCGGUGGCCGAGGGGCCGGGCCUAGCCCAGGCCUCCGGGGGAAGCUGGCGUCGCUGUCCGGGGGCUUCCUCUGCCGGGCCGCCUCCCUGGCCGCGGGGCUACCUGCGAUCCGCCCCCAGAAUGGGCCACCCGCGCUCCUGACCGGCCUCGAGGCACCGGCUGGGCUGCAGGGAGGCCGGGUGGCAGUUGGACUACAAAAGCCGGGACUGCAAAGGCGUCCUGGACAGAGCAGAACUGGACCAGCUGAGACCUGGCGUGGAAGAGACACGGCCUCGCCAGAGAGAAGGAGCGCCGGGGCCUGGGGCUGCGCCCCCACAUCCCAGCCUAGGGAGGCAGUUCCCAGAAAGGCUCAGGAUCCUGAAUUCAUCUUGGACUCGAACUCGUCUUGGA